CUGACCAACAAUUUUUACAAUUAUUUAUUUUAUUUUAUUUUGCGUUUUCGAGCGUUUGUUUUAUUGUUCGAUUUUGAAGGUAGACCACCAGCCACCAGGUGAUCCGUCUCCGAGAAGAGUGGGGAUGAAAGGUAAAAAUGAACUAUACUCACGAACUUCUAUAUAUAUCUUGUUGUACCGUGACCAACUGACAGAUAUAGUAAUAGAGACAAAACAAAAACUCUGCACAUCAGCUUGUUUGAGUUUCUAUACCUACUACCUAUACCUAUCAUCAGUGAGGCCAAGCGAAGCGACACUUGGCCCUCAGUUUACCAUUUGUUUUGAUUAAUUCUCUCUUGGCAGAUGAAAUUUCGAUCAAUCUCAAAAAUCCAUUUGUCGCGCCUCCCGGAUGCUCCGAUUCAAUACAUGUAAAAGUGAAAUUUGCUGCACCGAAUUAGGUACACCACGAGACGUCAAGAGCAACAGACCAGCGGUUGAUGUGAAAAGAGGUUCAGAAAAAUUUUGCUGGUCAAAAGUCGUCGUCGUCGAUGCGGCAGAAUGGAAUUAGGCCUCAAUAACUCACUUCUGGCUGGCGACCAGAGGCUCGUCGACCACAUCGUCGGCGAGGUCAAGUCCCAGGGUAUCUUCGACCAGUUCAGAAAGGAGUGUCUCGCCGAUGUCGACACCAAGCCUGCUUAUCAGAACUUGAGGACACGAGUUGAAAGUUCUGUCAAUUCAUUUUUAAACAAACAAACAUGGAAAACGGAUUUAAACAAAAAUCAACUGCGUGAGACACUGCGCAAGCAUAUACAUGAGGCUCCAUACUUGGAAGUGGGAGUUGAAAGAAUAGUAGAUCAAGUAGUGCAUCCAAAGGUCUAUUCAGUAUUCAUGCCUCAAGUUGAAGAUGUUGUUUAUAAAUUUUUAGGCAUUGAAAGGCCCAAAUCACAAAGAAAUGGAACCUGUGACUUAAAAGAUUUACUUCCCAAGGAUUUAGAUCCUGUUUCACCAGAGUCCGAUAGGAAUAGCUUGAAGGACAUAUCGUUGGAAUCCAUGGAUGAAAAUAUAGCAGAAACCGUUAAUGGAAAAGAGCAGGAAAAGUCAGUUAACACUAAUUGUCAAGAAAAAGAACAAGAUGCGGAGGAUGCUUUGAAGAAAAAGGAGGCGGACUAUACAGAAAAUGGAGACGACUUACAAAUGACAACUAGCUCACCUGUAAAAGCUGUUUUGAACAGCUCAUUCAAGUCAGAUGAAACAAAUAAAACAGAGGAAGAAGAGGAAGAAAGUCCUGUUUUUGAGCCUAUCGAUAGUGCCAAUUUAAAUGAAUCAAACAUGUCGAAUGAUUCUCACUUGUCUGGUAUUUCAGAAUUAACAAGUCACAGGUCUAGAAGUCCUGACUUUAUGACCGAAUUUUCUCGUGACAAUUUUGACAACAGCAAUCAAGACUCGCAACUUAGUAAAGUAUCAUCCAAUUCUCGCUUAUCAAUCGUAACAGAUUUUGGUUCUUCUAACCAUGCCUCAACCCCAGCACCGGAAUCUAAAGAAGAUUCUAAAUAUACCAAAGAUAAUUUUAAAGAUGUAAGAGAAUUAGAUUCUAGUAAAGACAAAUUUAAUUUUGAGGUUAUAAAAGUUAAAGAGAGCAGUAAAAGUAUUUCUUCUAAAGAGAGUUCUCGGGAUGCUUCUGAGUAUAAAGAUAGUAAAAGUAAAGAAGAAAUUAAGUCUAGAAAUUCGAAAGAUAAACAGGACUCUAGGACUAACAAAGACAAAGACCAAAAUUCUAGAAGGCGGCAUAGCAGAAAGUAUUCUACAAGCAAGUGUAAAGAUAAGAAUGAACCUGAUUCUCAAGAAAUAAGAGAAAACUCAGAAAAAAUAAAAGAAAGUAAAGUGAAAGAAUCUGAAAAGAAGGAUGAAUCAUCUAAAGAAGUGAAAGAUUUGAAGGAUUUGUACAAAGAAAAAAUUCGAGAAUUGCGCGAGAAAAAAGAGCUUAGUGAAAAGGAAAAAUUAGGUAAGGAUAAAGAUUCUUCAAAAGGAAGUAAAGAAUCAAGAGAAAAGAAAGAUUCCUCUUCAUCUAGAGAAAAAGAUGACUACAAAAAGGGUCAUAAAUCAUCCUCAUCAUCGUCAUCUCGAAGCUCUAGUUACCACAACAGCAAAUCUUCCAAAAGCUCUGAAUCAAAAGAAUCCAGAGACAAGAACAGUAAUAAACGCGAUGACCGUCACCAUUCAAACGGCAAGAGUGAAUCAAGAUCGAGCAGUAGAAGCAAAAGAGAUUCAAGAUCAGAGUCCAAAUCUGACAGCCGCAGUAGUGAUAGAUCAGUAAAGGAUAAAAAGCGCCGAGAUGAAAAGAAAUCAAAAUCAACAGAUGACCACUCAAGCCUUAGAAAAAACUAUAAUGAUCGCCGUUCAACUGAUAGAGAUGGUUCCAAUGGAUCGAGCAGCAAAUAUUCUCACAAGAGUCCCUAUGGUGCUAACAAUUCUUCUGGAAAAUUGGGUCCUACUACUAACGUUACAAAAGACAACAGCAGGGAUCAUCAUUCCAGUGGUGAAACAACAGAUAACAUUCAUGACUCACUGGAAAUGAUGUUUGCAAAUGAUGGCAAAAAUUCAGCCAACCACAACUCUAAUAAUCCACCAAAGAGAGUUGACCCAGGUACUGCAGAAAUCUGUCUGCCGCUGAAGAAAAGGCCACUCUUUAACGAUGAUUCUUCAAGUGAAGAAAGUAAACCUGAGGCUAAAAAGUUGAAGGUCGCAGAUAAGAAGGCAGCAAAGAGAAAAAUUGAAAAGGAUAUUUUUAAAAUUGACACAGAUGUUGCCAGUGUACCAGAUGAAGAGCGUGUACAAAUCAUUGAGGUCCCAGAUGAAGAUUAUGAGAAUCCUUAUUCUGAUGAAGAACCUAUUUUAUCUCUAGAAGAAACUACAAAGAUUAUAUUGGAUGAUGUGCCUGUACGUCCCAUGCAAUCAAAACUAUCGGAGAUGGAACAAUCCAUUCGACAAUCUUUGAAUGAAAUGAUGGGGGAACACAAAUUAAAUGAGUCAGAAGAUACUAUCGCUUCAACCAAGUUAACUCCAGUAAUAGAUUCUAGUACCCUUCUGGAAACUCUUACUGAUGAUUCCAAUAAUGAUUCAAAAGAUCUGGCAAUAGCAGAAAAUAGUCAAGAAAAAGCUGAAGAUAAAAAAAACGGAAGUUUAAACGUAAACGCUGACGAAGUACAAAAAGAUGUUAACAUAGAGCAGAAUGAAGAAAAAGAUACUGACACGCAAAAUAAUGAAAAAAUCAAAGAAAAUGUUCAAGUAGAUGUGAAAAUGGCAGAUUACAAGGUAGGAGAAAAAGAACAGUCCGACCAAUCUCGUGAAACAAAUGUCCAACAGGUAAAAUCAGAUAUUCAGACAAAUAAAAUUCAAUUUGAUCAAGAAAGCACUGAAAACGCCGUGAUCUUAAAUGACGAUAAAGAAGAAAAUACUGCAGAUAUAAAUAUGACAGACGAUAAGGAAAGAGAAAGGGAAGAACCCAAAGAUGUAGAUGUAAAGCAAUCUACAACACAAGAAGAAAAGGUUUCUGAUGAGGUAGCAGAAACAAGCAUUAUUUCUAAACCAACUAUUGAAAAUGUUGAUCAAGAUGAAGAUAGCACAGAUGAUACCACUGAUGAAUUCAAUGAAGAUCAUAAAUUAGUGAUUGAUGAAGAAUUUGAUGAAAAGGAAAGCAAUAAUGACAAUGAAAUAAACGUCAGUUCUGAAAAUGAAUCCACCAAUGAAAUGUUGACUAAAUCACGUAAAAAUUAUGAGAGUAAUAUCGAAUCGGAUAAAUUUGAGGAAAGUAAAGAUGAUGACAAAUGUGAGGAACUUGAUGUGAGGAAGAUAAAAGAAGUUGAACUGCAAGAAACACUGACAGACAAAAGUUCCGACGAUGAAAGUAUGGACGACGACGAUAUAAAGAUAAUAAAAAUAAAAGAAGUUGAUACUUCUGAAAAACCAGUUGAGUAUACUGAGGAUGUACAAAAAAAUAUAAAAGAUAGAUUAAUUGAUGAAUUGGGCAAACUCAAUGAAGAUGAGAGCUACAUGGAAAAAGCAAUUGAUAAUGAAGUUCUCGAAACGCCAGACGAGGAAAAAAUUAUUCCUGAUUCAUUGGCACAAGUUGAGUGCAUUGAAGUUGACAAAGAUAAUGAUUUUGAAAAAUUUGAUGAACAUGCGGAAAUUAUUCAAGUUAAUGAAACAGAACAAGAUAAUGCAAAAGUAAACGAUGCAGUCCCUAAAGACGAAAACAAUGAAUUAAGCCACGACGAGGACGAUGAUGAUGAUGAUGAUGAUGAUGAUGAUGAUGAAGAUAAAAGUAAUGAAUUAAUUAUCAUUUGCGAAGAAAAAGAAGAGGCAGAACAAGAAUUGACUUUGAUAUUUAACGAAGAUUCAAAUAAUAAAAUCAAAGCAUCUACGUCAUCCAGUAGAAUCAAAGUCGACAAUAACAUUGACACCUUUUUAGAGAAAGAAGAAGUGCAGGACAGCAGAGACCUAAUGCAAGACGAGAAAAUAGAUCAACCAACAACUUCCAAAGGCAUGUUCAGUCGCAGUGCCGUGGUUGUAUCACCGUUUGAAGAAGACUGUCUUUACCUGGAGAGUCAGCAAAGCAACCAGAAGUACCUGAAGUUCAAAAAGUUUCUAGAAAAACUAGAAGCCGAUCCGAAUCGUUCUCUCGAAGAUAUGAUUGAAAGCUACGGCGGUGUCGUCGUGUCAGCGAUGUCUAUGGCAGCACCGAGUGCACCGGUUAUUCUAAAGCGAAAGCCCUCAACGAGUCCAAUUAGCGAUAUCGUCGCAACGAAUACCACCAAUAACAAUAUAGAGAGUUCAGUAAAGGAUAACAGCACUGAGGAAGUUGGGGACGAUGCGGUUUCCUCGAUGAAAAAACGAAAGGUGGGAAGAACGAAGAAGACAAGUACCAGCAGUUCGACAAGUACAACCAGUCCGCAGUCCCAACAACAACCACUGCAACAGCCGCAACAGCAACCACAGAUUGCUAUUGUUAAUGGAGAAAAUUUUGUGAUGCCUUUGAGUCCAGAUAGCGACGUUUCCGCCAACAGUGAUAAAAAUGCUGCCAACGUUUUCAAAGAUGAAAGAAGCCACAGAAGCGGUCACAGCAGAAGCAGUCAACAGCGCUACUCGAGCGAUGAUCUGUACAAGCCUCGACCACUAUUUUCCAGUACCUCGCGUCGCAACCGGCGUUUCAAUCAGGCAUAGCUACUAGCUCCGAGCCGGUUGCGACAUCACUGCACUGCAGUACCGGCCCCAUCACCCUCGGCGACAGCCCUGCGCCUUAAGGAGGCUCUGGUCGUGUUGCGAGACGUACUUCUCGAGUCGUCGACACCAUCAUCCUCAACUAAGCUCAACCCUUACUCCUCCGCCUCGUCCUCUUCGUCUGCUGACGAGUGAGAAUAGCUGUCACCACCAGCCGGCUCGGAUUCAACAAACCUCGACUUUCAGUGCAAUCCCAUGCUGGCUGUUAUUAGUACUCAUUUGUGUCGUGUUGCUUUUUUUAUUAGAUUUCAAUGAGAAUCUGUACGCAGGUCUCGAGAGGUGCUGAAGGCGAUUACUUUAGAGAGUUGAAAGUGAGAGUUGAGCUUGGUUAUUUGUAAUGGUCGAGCGAGUGAUCGAGCUGGGUUUCAUGGUUUCAUAUGCGACGUUUCAAUUUUACGAGAAAAUGUGAUACUGCCAGUGAAAUACCAAGGUAUAACAAGCUUGGUAAAAUGUCAUGAGUUCUUUUGUUUUCUUCUAGAAAUAAAAUUUGUUUUCUUUUAUUCAGUUAUAUUACUAAAAAUUACUUUUUGUUCAUUACUUAUAAUUUUUACUAACACCAUUACAGAUAAUGAAGACAAUUGUCAUUUUUUCGAUCUUGAUGAUCUGUCAAUAUGAAUGCAGGGAAAAAGUCACUUAUGGACUAAAUUCUUUGGGAGAAAUGACCAUACAGCUUUCAAAAACUCUAAAAAUUACUUUUUAAAUUCAAAAGGUACAGAUAUUGUUAAAAGCAGGUAAAAGAAAUUUAUAUUAGCUAUUAUAAUGAAAUACUAAUGAACGUUGGCUCGAAUCUUCAUUUUCUUUAAAUGAAAUUGGUGUAAAAAAUUGAAAGAGAAACUGAUGAACAAAGAUGUAUUCAUACAGAUGCACAGAUUACACAGCCUAAUAGAGUUUUGAUGCCUGUAAUUAAUAUUAUGUAAAUAGAAGUUUACUUGUUUGGCAAUGAGCUCUUUUCUUCCAUAGAUUUAAAUAAUUUUUUCUCUGCAUUCCUUAUACUAUCUCAUUAAUUAGCAAAAUAUGUUACCUAUUCACAUUUUUUUACAUUAUUGAGAAGACACAUUUUAGUGUUUGAUACUAGGUAGCGUUAAGAAAAUUUGUUAAAAUAAACUGAAUAAUGAAAUGUAAUUGUUAUGCGUUAUUAUACAGAGACAAACUUUUUUAUAGUUAACAUCCAUCAGGCUGUUUAUAUAAGCAGCGUUAAAAAGAUUUCUCUGCAAAAGUGAACUAUAUAGCAAUAUAUGUAUAUUAAAAAAAUAUUGUAAUUGUAUAAAAUACAUGACAAUUUGCUGAGAGAAAUUUCUGAAAGGAAAUUUUUUGCUUAAAAAAUUUAGAAAUGAAUUAAAAAAGGUUAAAAUUAAAUUUUAGAAGCUUCAAAGUUCUAUGAAUAGGAAAAGGAAAUUUUUCUCAACAUGGCAUUGUAGAAGAAAACUUGAAUUUUUAGUAAAUGAUCACGCAGAACACAAUUUUCCAUAUUUUUUACAAAAUAAUAUAGUUUUAUCGAAAAAAUACCAAAAAAUUAAAUUACAUAAUUUGCAUAAAACGAAAAAUAAAAAAAUUAUAGAAAAGUAUUUUUACAAAUCUGUUUUUAAAUACAAGAGCACUUGAUAAUAUGGAUAAAAAUUGUAAAAUUUAUGAUACUUUUUUAUCAUUUAGUACAAAAGUUAUAAAUAGCUUUCUUCACUGUAGAAUAUUUUUUAUAUGAAAAUGGUGAUACACAGUGUUUUCAGCAAUACAUUUUUUAAUUGGCCAAUUUUAUUACUUGUACAAUGAAGCUGCAUCAUUUCGAAAAGAUUUGUUUGCUAAUAAAGCAAUACCUGAUUGCAUAUUUAAACAUGGUAUAUAUAAAGAAAUUAUUCUGCCACUUUUGGAAUGUACAUAUAUAUACAUGCAGAGAAUAAAAUGUGUACAUAAAGACAAUAUUUUAUAUACUAAAGAAAAUGUGUAUUGAAAGUUUAAGCGUAUAUAAAUGUAAUCUAGAGUCGUUUUUAAUUUUCAAAGUACAAUAUACAUAUAAUUUUUGUAGAAAAUUAGACAUGUAUGGUAUAAUUUUAAGAUUUGACCUUGCAAAUCUUUCACUUGAUUAAUUAAUUUCAUCACAUAAAUGUAAUAACGUUAAGUUUUUUCAAGUAAAUACAACUAAUAAUAUAACAUCAUGCAUUGUACUAUUAAUACUUGUGAAUUAUAGUAGGAAAAUGAUUAAACGAAUUCCAAUAGAAGAAGUUUUCUCUAAGCACCUUUUAUUUAUAUGCUAAACCAUUUAUGGACAGUCUAUAGACCAUUGUGAGACAACGUGUACGUAUACAGAGUUCUACGACGAGUUAACUUAUCAUAGCCGAAAAGUCGAUGCGAGGCUAGACGAAAUUUUCGCGUGGAAUCGAUGAGAAAACCGUUUGGCCUUGGCCAGAUAAAGAUAUACACACGUACACAACAUAGAAGAAAAAGCCACAUGUGCGAUCAUAAUCGGUCGUGGCACGCAAAAAAGCAUUGUAUAAUACAUCAUAGAUUGUCUGCAUACAUUAUAGAUUGUCGGUGAGAGAGUCGACGACUGGCGUCGGCAACCUUGGCACUUAAACUUUGUAAGAUUAAGCGAACGAAUCCAUAAUGCAGUUGUCGUCGAUCAAAGAACCCGGCAAUCGUUUCCGUCGCGCGCUUUUUUUAGAAUUACAUGCGUAGAUCGCGACUGCUACUACACUAUUGUUGCGAAUUUUCUUAGAGCUGGCGAUAGUGGUUUUUUUUUCCUCGCCAAUAUUUUGAUUUUCUAAGAAUACAUCAGUCGAUUGUGCGGCGCUCAAUUAUUGUUAAUACAAUGAAGCUAUGAUUAUGCUCGUCGUGUGCGUUCGAGUACGCGCAUGAUGAUGUACGGAAAACUAUACGCAAAAGAUACAAUCGAAUGUAGAUAUAUUCGAACUUGUAUUUGUAAAUCUGCGACGCGUCACUAUAAUGGCGCACUUACAGGUGCAACGCAUCGUUCGAGCUAGUCAAUUCAAUCUAAUGAAUUUUGUUGCGAAUUAAAAAUAGAAAUUGCUCGUCUUGCCGUGCACGUACAUUUCUACUUGUCAUUUGAGUAAACUCGUAGUCAUCUUCGAUUUGCGUCACAGGUAUAACCGAACAGAUUUCUUGAAUAUAAUUUGUUCUCUCAAAAAGAUAUUCCAUUUUUGUUCCAAGUUCGCUUGUCGAUGUUGCUUUUCACCGUUUAUAUGUGAUAAGUUAUGGAAUGAAAGCAGGCGGUUCACGUUUGACGUAAUCGAAAAACUAUAACAUAAGUGUCAUGCACGUGAUUCAUCAUUAUGAAAUGGAUUUCGACGUAUGCGAUACGAUGAUCUACGCUUUUCGCUAUAUAAUAUACUAAUUGUCGUAGAUUAAAAUUAUAAGUAUAGACGUAUCGAGUAGCUACGGCUUUUUGUGCCACGUGAGGCACCGAUUAAUAAGUAUAAACAAAUAAAACCAAGGAUUUAUCCGCUUUGUGAUUAUAGCGAGCGCACUUCGAUAAAUAUUAUAGAUAAAUGAAGCGACACAGCGCCGAGACAGCGAUUUUGUUUGUUUCUAUAGUCAUAUCGAACGCGUGCAAUCGUAUAUUUAGCGUACUUUCUAGAAUGAAAUUUUAUUGAAAAGUCAUAGGAAUAAGAGGAAACGAGAGCUUUCGACAAACAAUUGAAAAAUAUGUUCUCUCACCUUCGCUACACGUUUUAUACACAGGCACGAUUUAUGUAUCAGCUCACUAGUUCCAUGAAUGUGCGUCAAAAUUAUACUUGUAUAUUAUGUGCGCAUACAUAUACUCCUGUAUAGAUUUUUCAAUUAACUAUUUAUUUGCCCUUGAGCAUGUGUUUGAACUAAGUUUUAACGAAGUUGGAAAAAAAAACUGCACCAAACAAUCAAGCGCGAGCUCGAAUGUCACUAAAUCAAUACAAUGAGAUGACUACGCAACUAGAAGACAUAAGAAAAGUCAAGUGUGAGCUUGCAAAAGUUACCGUAACGCACCGCCGCGAAAUAAGCGAACGUCGAGUCACUGACCGAAUUCUACGCGCGAAAACGUCUCGGUAUGCGAUACCGAUAUAUAAGACACUAUGAUGUACAUAUACUCGUGCGAUACCUUAUCGAACUCUACGUGACUAUCUGUAUCAAAGAUGAGAGAAAAGGCGCGACGUCAUCGGCCAUCCCCGCAAGCCUGGAAACUGCUUGACUUUCCUAAAAGGAAAUUGAGUAUCCAUGUACUAUCUAAUGUUGUCGUAUAGACUUCAGAUAAAUACAAUCGCGAUUGGGCUUGCAA